GCCCAACGAAGACGAAUGCCCAAGUUCACCGGUCACUUGCAAAGACUUUUGUGAGUUGACAGAAGACUUUAAAACAAAUACAUCUCUCCUUCUUAUCCAUAGCUUCAAUUUCCAUCAUUCAAUCCAACAUUUCUUGUUCUAAUCCAACUCUCCAUCCUCGUUCCCAAUCAUGCCGUCUGACAACUAUGACUUCGGCGAAGUCUUCCAGGCCAUCUACAUCGCUAAACAGAAGCCUGCCCCUCCUCCAGUCGCCGACGACAUGAAAGCAACCCUCCAAAGCCACCCGCCUCUAGGACAGGUCACUCCAGUGCAGGGCAAUGACGUUUCCUUGGCCGCAAUUCUUGAGAUCCCCAAGUCCCGUGCAGCAGAGCCAUGGGAAGUCUGUGUCUGGCAUUCAAUAGAUGGAUCGGAAUGGAAGGAGAUCGGACUCCUCCCCGUGGAAGACAGCCAGACUCCGCAGACACUGCAGUUACUGCCAGAAUCCAUGUCCCGGUUUUACUUCGCUUCUUCAUCUUCGAUUGCUUUCGACGCAUCCAUACAAUUUACUCUCAAAUUUCGCCACGGCCAGCAUGAGGAGUGGAGAUGGAUUCGCGAUGAGCAAGGGCUUCAUGAUGGCUGGAUCGUUCAGCCCUCCGCUGGCAUUUCAUCUGGCAAUCUAACUGAUCUCAUUCCCGAUCUCAACUCAGAGGGAUGGGCGGUUUCGUCUCAUUCAAGCGAGUCUCCUGGAGCUGUUCUCUGGGCACUCGAGGCACCUAUUCCGCCUGCCGAAGGUGACAGCUCAACAUAUAAAGACAUUUCAGUCGGCACGCCCUGGGGUUCAUUCUCUAGAUGGUUUGCCCUAGUACGCUUAUGGUCUCCAUGGCUCGCCCCUCGUCAUGGAAAAACGGAGUUUUCUUUAGACAAAGAUGGGAUCUUGUGCUCAUUCCUCAGUCCACAUGGCAAAAAUCUCGUCUUCCUAGCAGUCAGUGGCAUCAGUCAUGUCUUGCCAGACUUUCGACAUGGUUCGAAUGGCACCCUCUGCGUGCAUGGGCGCAAUGACGGCCUCACGGAAGAGAAGGCCAUCAUCUUGGUCUCCGAGGGCGAUGACUUUGAAUCUGCUGUCGCAGCUGUUAUGAAACACGCCAGGACACUGGUCGCUCAGGCAAAGCAAUCUAGUCUUGGCCAGGAUGAAGAUGAAGAGUUAAAGGCCCUGGCGAGUGAUUUCAAGGCAGAGUGGAUGGAGAAUUGGUAUGACGGGCUUGGAUUCUGUACCUGGAAUGCACUGGGACAACGACUCACUGAUCAGAAGAUAUUUGACGCCGUCGACAAGUUGGCUGAGAAUAAUAUCAAAGUCUCCAGCCUCAUCAUCGACGAUAAUUGGCAGUCGAUUGACUACAGGGGCCCUAGUCAAUUCCAAUAUGGUUGGAAGGAGUUCGAGGCGGAACCUGUCGCAUUUCCCAAUGGCCUGAAGGCCACGAUCUCCCAUGUCCGGGAGAAACACCCUCACAUCCAGCACAUUGCAGUUUGGCAUGCCUUGCUUGGUUAUUGGGGUGGUCUUGCCCCCGAUGGCAAGAUUGCCCAGACUUACAAGACCAUUGAGGUCGAUCGAGAGGAUGCAGAUCGUCGCAAUCUUCCCCUUGGCGGUAAGAUGACUGUCGUUGCUAAAGAGGACAUUUCCAGGUUCUACAACGAUUUCUACCGGUUCCUAUCAGACUGCGGGAUUGACGCCGUCAAAACGGAUGCGCAGUUCAUGAUCGAUACUUGGACUAGCGCUUCUGCUCGACGUGAUCUCCUCAUUCCGUAUCUUAAUGCGUGGACCAUCUCAACUCUUCGACAUUUCAGCGCCAAGGCUAUCUCAUGCAUGUCGCAAAUUCCGCAGGCCCUCUUUCAUUCUCAAAUGCCGACGAACCGGCCUGCAAUUCUAGUUCGUAACUCGGAUGACUUCUUUCCAGAGAUUCCCUCAUCUCAUCCCUGGCAUGUGUGGACAAAUGCGCACAACAGCAUAUUCAUGGGACACUUGAACGUACUCCCUGACUGGGAUAUGUUCCAGACUGUGCAUGAAUAUUCCGGAUUCCAUGCUGCGGCCAGAUGUGUCAGCGGAGGGCCAAUCUACAUCACGGAUGUUCCAGGCAAGCACGAUAUGGAUCUGAUUGGGCAGAUGACUGGUCUCACUCCAAGAGGGAAGACGGUGAUUUUCAGGCCGAGUGUUUUGGGUAAAACGGUUUAUCCUUACAUGGGGUAUGAUGAUGACUCGCUCUUGAAGGUGGGAAGUUAUCAUGGUGCCUCGCAAACUGGGAACCCAAUCUUGGCUAUUUUCAACAUCUCGGCACGCCCAUUGACCGAGAUUAUUCCUUUGUCCAGCUUCCCCGGUACUGAUAUAUCGAUUGAGUAUGUGGUUCGAGCCCACACUACAGGCAAGGUAUCGCGACCAGUCAAGAUCGACGCCCCUGGUUCUUUGAUGACUGGGUCGCUUCCGGUUCGGGGCUAUGAGAUAUUCUGCGCGUUCCCCCUUACGAGCCUGCCCAGCAAAAAGCACGGCACUAUCCUGACCUCGAACAUGGGCCUUUUGGGCAAGAUGGCUGGUCCAGCCGCCAUUUUUAUGAAUAACAUAAAACAACUCGAGAAUGGCCGAGUAGUGAUUGAUACCUGGAUCAAAGCAUUUGGCACCCUAGGUGUCUAUGUGUCAGCGUUACCAUCGAUGACAAUAGAAGGAGACUUCUUGGUCACCAUCCAGGAGAAGCCUAUCCCUGCACAUACUGUAACCAUCUCAAAGGCUGACGACCAUGUCGUGGAGAUUGACCUUGGCACAGCGUGGCAGGAGAUGGAGCUGGAGAGCAGGUGGAGCAAUCAGAUUGAAGUCAAGGUGUAUUUCAGCACUUGACCAGUCUCUUGGGAACAUUCUAGUCGACUCUUCUAAAAUGGCUGCGGUGGGUUAGGAAUAGUAGUGAAGAUGUGAUGCUGACACCUAGUCACAUCAAAUACGGAUACCUAUUGUCGACCAUUUUUAGUUUAGUCUGCGAUACACCCAUGAUCAUUGCCUAAUCUCGACCGUCAGACUAAGUUACGGAUUAGUUGGAUUGUCCGAAAGCAAGUCAGUUCUACUCCAAUCCAUCAGCAGAAGAAACAGAGAAAUGAUUGUCAUUGGUGCGAGUAGUCUACCGGGCUCUAGGGUAAGACAUGCGGAAAUAUGUCGGUGGGAGGGGGAACGAAGAAAAAAAAAAUUGCAGCAAGGAGGGCGCCCCACCCACACAGACGGCAGCUGUUCGCUGCAGGCAAGAGCUGCCCCGCACACUUCGCACCGGCUCACGCG